AUGGGCAACGAACAUGAUGAAAAGCAACAAUCAAUAUCUCGUCAAAGUCCUCCAAUCAAUUCAGGCAAAAUAAUAAUGCUGAACGAUUCAGGAACUGAGUCAGAUGUUGAUGAAUUAGAACAAUUGGAUUCAAUGUCAAAUGGUAUGGCUGAUGUGAAUGCAAUUGAUCGUAGUCCACCAAAGUUAACUAGCUCGCCUCCAGUUGUUGCAGAUUUUGAUACGAUUAGUUGGAAUAGUUCUGACUGUGAAUCUGGUGUAGUUUUUGGUGAUAAAAAUAAUGAUUUUGAUGAUUUAUUGCUGGAUAGUUUCUAUUUAUUCGAGGAGAAACAAGAUGUAAAUGGAUUAUCAGUGAGUCAGUGCGGGGAGCUCAAUACUAAUGGGGCCGCCGGCGGUCGAAAUUUUACAAAUCCCUCUAAACCUGAAAAGAGAGGCGCAUUUCGUCCAGUGAAUAAGAUGUAUAAUCAGUCAGACAUUAAGGGCGAGAAAAAUUCAUCAGGUAUAACAACAACUGUUUCAACAACAAAUCAUGGCAUUGUUGGAGAAAAGCGAUGUUAUGGCAAUGUUGAUAACGAGAAUGGACAGUCGUCUUCAUUUGUCCUACCAGUUCGUAAUUCUAACGGAGGUCAGGAAAAAGAUCGUGAGACGUUAAUUGCCGCUCGCCGCCAACCAGUCAAAUUAAUUAUUUAUAAUUCAGUCAAUGUGGAAAAUAGAGCAAAAAAUACGAAUGUUUAUGAACAGAAUGAUUACUGUCCAGUAAAGAAGGGCCGAUUAAAUCCAGUUGAUAUCAGACCUUCUCUAAAUUUCGAAAAAAUGAGACAACGUAUGUUAAUGAAUACAACAUACUGUAUUGGAUCUGUAGAGUUCCUUGAAUCGUCAACAGUUACUGACCAUGAUAUCGAAAAACGAAAGAAUGAUUGGGCAGUUGUAUCGCCAUCGUCUACCUCAUGUUGCUUGUCAUCUUGCAAUUCAUCAUCCACAACAAACAUUCAGUUUCGUUCAUCUUGUUGUCAGCAGUUGGGCUGUAAAUUUCGCAUUAAUGAGGGCGAUAGUGCAACAGAUUCAAUGCUUUAA